AUGGCGCCGUCUCUUCAUCCAUUGAUCGAUAAUGGUCUGACCAAAGGGAACCCCAACUUCUCCGGGGGCAAGCUCCGCUGCCACUGCAAGAGCAGGCCGGUGGAGGUCACACUCGGAGGCAACGUCGCCCACAACCACGCCUGCGGAUGCUCCAAAUGCUGGAAGCCCUCCGGCGCCCUCUUCUCUGUCGUCGGCGUUAUCUCCAGAGACCAGGUCAAGGUCACGGCCAACGGAGACAAGCUCCGCAUCAUCGACGACUCGGCAGUCAUUCUCCGAAACGCCUGCAGGGAGUGCGGGGUUCACCUGUUCGGCCGUAUCGAAAAGCCUCACGCGUUCAAAGGCUUGGACUUUGUCCAUGUCGAGCUGUCGGACCAGAAGGGGUGGCAGGAGCCUCAGUUCGCCGCUUUCGUGUCGUCCAUUAUUGAGCAGGGAUUCCACCCCAAUGGCAUCGACGAAGUUCGCAGCAAGUUCAAGUCCCUUGGCUUGGAGACAUACGACGCUUUAUCGCCUCCGUUGAUGGAUCUCAUCGCUACGUGGACGGCGCAACAGUCUGGUCGACUUCCAGCCAAGUUGUAG